CUUCUCAAUUCAGUGGUCCAUCAGUAGUCGUCGCGCUUAUGAGCUCUCAGCAACUUCGUUCGGCUUUUCGCAUUCUUAGUUUCGUCUCUCAUUUUGCUAUUUGGUGUGUGGUGUGGUUUAAUGGUUGAAUAGUAGAAGCCGCGCCGCGAAAGAAAUAAUCAUAACAAAGACAAAAACAAAGUCGAUUGAAUAGAAGAUAGCAGGAAUCAAAAACACAGUCGCCUAUGGAAAAAGCAGGAAGGAAGCCGGCCAAACAAAGAAACUGGACGGACAGACGACGACUGUUGGACUGGCAAGAAAAAACCACUUCAAACUUGUACAAGAAAUCCAUCUAUGACCAAGUUGCGAAAAAAAGAACAACAAUCAAUAUUUUAUAAACAAAUUAAGAAGAAAUUAUCAAAUUCCCACAAUGUAAACAUUUUGUUUAACAAAACCAAGCAACAAGCAAACGGAAUUUUUUAAAAGAAAAAUAAAAUAACACAAAGCUCACUCGCUCGCUCGCGCACUGCCCCUAUAACAAUCCUAUAUACAUAUUUUAUAAAUUAUUUUUAGUGUUUUAAUACAUUAGAAAAUAAAAGAGAAAAAAUAUAAUAAAACAAUAAUUUAGUUCCCCACAACACCGUUACGGCAUUGUCGUCAACAGAAGUCAACACAAAACAUGGCAUUAACAAGAAUUGCUAGGCAAUUAGGUUUAAUGGAUACCAUAUAUGUAGAUGGCGGCCAGUCUCAAAAUAGCAGCUCUUCCACCAAGUCAGGCAAGUCUAAACUAUCUCAACAAACGUACGAUUAUGUUAUAGCUGUCGACUUUGAAGCCACAUGUUGGGAAAAUCAAGCUCCACCCAAAUGGAGAGAAUCGGAGAUUAUUGAAUUUCCUGCUGUAUUGGUUAACUUAAAGACUGGAAAAAUUGAAGCUGAGUUUCACAAAUACAUUAUGCCAAUUGAAUCACCAAAACUUAGCGCUUAUUGCACUGAACUGACCGGUAUAACUCAAAAGACGGUUGAUACUGGUAUACCUCUACAAACUGCAUUAAUGAUGUUUCAAGAGUGGUUGCGCAAGGAGCUCAGAGUUCGACACUUGACAUUGCCAAAAAUGUCCAAAGAUAAUAAAUCGGGUAACUGUGCAUUUGUAACAUGGACAGACUGGGAUCUUGGUAUCUGUUUAAACAAGGAGUGCACAAGAAAACGACUUAAGAAGCCACCUUAUUUCAAUCAGUGGAUUGACAUGAGAGCCAUAUAUAGGGAAUGGUAUAAAUAUAAGCCUAUCAACUUUUUGGAUGCUCUAACACACGUUGGUCUGGAAUUCGAAGGCAAACAACAUUCUGGCAUUGAUGAUGCUAGAAAUUUGUCACAUCUAACAUACAAAUUGGUCAAUGACGGGGCUACUUUAGCAAUAACUAAAGAUCUAACACCGUUUCAAUUGAAUUUAAACUGUGUUUUAUAAGGGGUCACUGAAACAGGAAAUCAAAAUGAGGAAGCACUUAACUAUUUAAACAUUUUUUAUAAACUUAUAUGAUGAAAUUUUUAAGACUUGCAUAUUUUAUAUGAAAUCAAAGAAAUUUUGAAUUUCUCUAAAUUAUUUAUAUGUAUGUAUAUCAAUCACAACGGACUAGAAUACUAAGCCAUUUUGUACUCCCUCUUUUACUGUGGAGCCUCGAGUUCAAUAAAUUAAUAAAAACGAGACAUAAUAAUUAUUAAGAAUUCUAUUAUUCGUAUAACUCAACUGUCGAAAUUAUGUCUGAUUGCUGCUUUUAACUAUAUACACACAAUUUUGUACUUUUAUAAGUUUAAUAAACUACAAAACAAUAUUAAGAUGAUAUUGAUAUUAAA